UCGGCCAGCGGCGCGCAGCAGACGAACCGGCUGUUCGGCGAGAACUUCAGCCCCGUGGGCCGCCGCAGCCGUCGCAGCCCGCCCGCGCUGAACUUCAACGACAUGCUCGGCGGCGACGCGCUGCUGGACCCGCGGCUCGACAACAAAAACACCACGCCCAUUGCCGAGCAGCAAAAGGCCACCUUUGACAACUACCCGCGUCUGACGCCCCAGUACGGACGCACGGUGCAUCUCGACGUCAGCCGCGGACGCGACAUCGUGAGGGGCAUUGGCAUGCUGGGCAGCUUGAUGGCGCGGAACAAGGUCAAGACUGAUUUCGCCGACCAGCGGUUCCACGAGCGCGGCGGGCUGAAGAGAAAGAGGCUGAACAGCCAGCGGUGGCGGGCCAGAUUCAAGGCGGGCUUUCAGAGCGUGACGGGGCGGGUCGUGGAGCUGACGCGCAAGGGGUGGUAG